GGGCGCACGGUGCAUGCUGGGAAUUGUAGGCAGAAUCCAGCUCCCUGGAAAACCAGCCACAUGGAGGGCGCCGGGGCCGUCCCGAGGUCUCUGCUCCCCGACAUUCACCGGGGCCUCCCCUUCCCGGGCUCCCCAACACGGGCCGCUCUGGUCUCCGGCUCCUACCUCUAUUACCACUACGGCUGUGACGGGGUGGACGACCGGGGCUGGGGCUGCGGCUACCGGACCCUCCAGACCCUCUGCUCCUGGCUGGCGGCUGCGGGGGCCGGAGCGGGGCCGGGGGGCUCCCCCAGGCCGGUCCCCUCCCUGCCUGCCAUCCAGCGCGCCCUGGUGGAGAUGGGGGACAAGCCCCCGGCCUUCGCCGGCUCCCGGGACUGGAUCGGCACGGUGGAAGCCACCUUGUGCGUGGAUCACUUUUUCGGGGUGCCAUGCAAAAUCGUGCACAGCCCCCGGGGGAGCGGGCUGGGGGGGCAGGUGGGGGCCUUAUACGCCCAUUUCCAGGGGGGCGGGGGGCCUGUGAUGCUGGGGGGUGACGCCGACAGCUCGUCCAAGGGGCUGCUGGGGGUCUGCUCCGUGCCCGCCGGCCACCAUCUCCUCGUGUUGGAUCCCCACUAUUACCGGGGGGCCGGGGGCCUUGGGCGGGAGGGGUUGCAGGGAGAGGGGUGGGUGCACUGGCAAGGCCUGGCCUCCUUCGACCCCGCCUCCUUCUACAAUCUCUGCCUGCCGCAGUUCUGGCUGGACCCGAGUGAGGGGGGAGGCGCUGGUGAAAACUGACUCGCACGAGCGAGUGUCUCCCGGACAGCCGCCAAAGGAGUCACUGGGCCACGUGAACCUUGGUUUGCACGAGUGAGAGUCACCCAGCGCGUUGCACAAGGAAGAUGUCACUAGGACUCGUGAACAUUGAGUCGCACAAGCGAGAGUCACCAGGACGGCCGCCAGUUGCUUUGCACAAGGAAGAUGUCGCGGGGACUCAUGGGCUUUGCACGAGCGAGAGGAUUUUGCCCUAGGCUGCUGCUCUCCCAGCCCGACCUCAUUUUGGGGCCAAAUGCCGCCAGUUCGGGGAUAAGGAAAGCCCCCCCGUGCUCUGAGGGAGGGCGGAUGUUCAGCGGGAAUGAACAUUGGGACAUCUCUGAGGGUGAGAUUUCCCUGCAUUUAGUUUCCUACUGUAUUAGGCUUAGACUUGCGUGUUUUUGUUUUAUUUUGCUUGGUAAUUUACUUUGUUCUGUGUGUCAUUACUUGGAACCACUGAAAUCCCACUUUGUGUAUUUAAUAAAAUCACUUUUUACUUAUUAAUUAACCCAGAGCAUGUAUUAUUACCCGGGGGAGCAAACAGCCGUGCAUCUCUCUCUAUCAGUGUUAUAGAGGGCGAACAAUUUAUGAGUUUACCCCGUCUAAGCUUGAUACCGAGUAAAACAGAUUUAUUUGGGGACCCCACU